CCGCCAUGAUGGCGGCGGCGACCCCGCGGCUGCGGCCGCUGCUGCGCGCCCUGAGGGCUCAGAGAUUUCGGGGUCCCGUGUGGUGCUGCGGAGCCCCGGCCGUGAGGGGGGUGGCGAGCGACGCAGGGCAGCCUCCUCCCCCGCCCUCCCCACCCCCAGAAAUUCCUGAAAUUCCCGAAAUUUUGGGGAAUUCUGUGAAUUUGGGGGAGCCCCGGUUGGAGGAGCUGGGCCUGGGCGGCUCCACCCCUGUGGGAAUGAUCCAGAACCUUCUGGAAUUUCUGCACCUGGACCUGGGGCUGCCCUGGUGGGGAGCCAUCGCUGCAGGCACGGUGGGGGCGCGGGUGCUGCUGCUGCCGCUGGUGCUGCGGGGGCAGCGCGAGGCCGCCCGGCUGGGCCGGCACCUGCCCCAGCUCCAGCGCCUCUCCCAGCGCGUGGCCGACGCCAAGCGGGGCACGGAUCCCAACCAGGUGGCCGUGGCUUACUCGGAGCUGGUGUCGUACCAGCGACGUCACAACGUGAACCCGCUGCGGGGCUUCCUGGUGCCGCUCGUGCAGGUUUGGAGAGCCCAAAAAAUCCCAAAAAAUUCCCAAAAAAAUCUCAAAAUCUGCCCCAAAAAUUCCCAAAAAAUUUCCUAA